ACCUGCUCGUGAGCUCAGUGAAAGGUGAAUUCAAUUCAAACAUUAAACCAGGCAGACUUGACAGGAAGACAUCAAGUGCCCUUGAAACUGCAUGUAUUUGUGCACUGCGGACGAUGAUGAGCACAAACGAGCUGUGUGACGAGUGAAAGUUAGCAAUAACCUUUGGAGAUGUGUGUUUGUGUGCUGAAAGCCGACGACUUGGCAGGACCAAAAAUAGCUUCGCAGAUGGUGCUUGGCACGGCAGCGAGCAGCUCUGCGCUCGUGCGCUCCUCACGCUGCCUGUCACUCACAUCGCCCAAUGGCCGCCCGGGGAUGCGGGAUGGAGAGUAUGAGUUGGGCUGGCAGGAGGCGGCGAGGUCAGACGUCAGGAUCGCACUACGCAUGGCUGAGUCAGUGGCUGCGAGGAAUUGAGCUGAAUUAAUAGCUAGAGGGGGGUGCGUCUCUGAAUGGACUGUGGAGCUACGAUCUCUUAUCCUUGAGGGGAAGAUGAUGGAGGAAAAAGUACGGCUCGCUCGUGCUGCACUGGACUGCUGAAGAGAGGAUGGAAAUACCAAAUAUGCUGAACUUGACAAGUAAUGCCAAAGGAUGCUGAUCUGGCUUUCAAGGCUGUAUUCUUGGGAGGAACAGAAUUCCUUUGUGCUCUGAUUCCCAAAUUAUUUCCGUGCUUUUGUGUUUCCUCCCUGAUAGAUACAAGAGGAAGCACCUCAUCUCGCAUUGCUAAAGGAGUAGACUGUACAAAAAUGAGCCUUCAUGGUGCAAGUGGUGGACAUGAGAGAUCAAGGGACAGGCGCAGAUCAAGUGACAGAUCUCGUGACUCAUCCCAUGAAAGAGCAGAGUCUCAGCUCACUCCAUGCAUCAGAAAUGUUACUUCACCAACAAGACAGUACCAUUCUGAUCGAGAAAAGGAUCAUAGUUCAUCUCGACCAAGCAGCCCUCGUCCUCAGAAGACUUCCCCUAAUGGUUCCAGUGUUAGCAUGGGGAACAGCAGCAGGAACAGUAGCCAGUCAAGUUCAGAUGGAAGCUGCAAGGCUGGUGGAGAAAUGGUGUUCGUGUAUGAAAAUGGGAAAGAGGGAGCUCGGAAUGUAAGAACUUCUGAACGGGUAACACUCAUAGUGGACAACACCAGAUUUGUUGUUGAUCCUUCUAUCUUCACUGCACAACCAAACACAAUGUUGGGCAGGAUGUUUGGAUCAGGAAGAGAACAUAACUUCACACGUCCCAAUGAAAAAGGAGAGUAUGAAGUGGCAGAAGGAAUUGGGUCCACUGUGUUUCGUGCAAUUCUGGAUUACUACAAGACUGGAGUGAUUCGCUGUCCUGAUGGGAUAUCUAUUCCUGAAUUGAGAGAAGCAUGUGACUAUCUCUGUAUCUCUUUUGAGUAUAGUACUAUUAAAUGCAGGGAUCUCAGUGCUCUCAUGCAUGAAUUGUCAAAUGACGGUGCUCGCAAACAGUUUGAGUUUUACCUCGAAGAAAUGAUUCUCCCCUUAAUGGUUGCCAGUGCCCAAAGUGGUGAGCGGGAGUGCCACAUUGUUGUGCUGACAGAUGAUGAUGUUGUUGACUGGGAUGAAGAGUACCCUCCACAAAUGGGAGAGGAGUAUUCGCAAAUUAUUUACAGCACGAAGUUGUAUAGAUUCUUCAAAUACAUUGAAAAUAGAGAUGUGGCCAAGUCUGUUUUGAAGGAAAGAGGGCUCAAGAAGAUCCGAUUGGGCAUUGAAGGUUACCCUACAUACAAGGAGAAAGUGAAAAAGCGACCAGGCGGAAGACCAGAGGUGAUUUACAACUAUGUCCAGAGGCCGUUCAUUCGGAUGUCAUGGGAGAAAGAGGAAGGAAAGAGCCGGCAUGUUGACUUUCAGUGUGUGAAGAGCAAAUCUAUUACAAACCUAGCAGCAGCGGCAGCAGAUAUACCCCAGGACCAGCUUGUGGUAAUGCAUCCUACCCCCCAAGUAGAUGAGCUGGAUAUUCUGCCUAUUCAUCCUCCCCCCAGUAACAGUGAGAUGGAUACUGAGGGACAGAACCUGCCCCUUUGAUCUAGACUGUUACAAAACAAAAGCAUGCUCCAUUACAGUGACUCUGUACUCAAC